AUGCCUUCUGGUAUUUAUAUUGAGAAUGAUUCACAAUGCAUAAAUGUUGCUGAUCAUUCAAAGCAUCGUAUUGUUCAAUGGAACUUUGGUUCAAAGAAUUGGCACGUUGUUGCUGGUGGAAAUGAAGCUGGAGAUCAAAUCAAUCAAUUGAAUAAACGAUCUGAUGUUAUAGUAGAUAAAAAGCCUAAUUCCUUGAUUAUUUGUGAUCAAGGAAACGGACGAGUAGUACGAUGGUCAGGUGAAAAUAAUCAAAAUGGGAAAAUUCUUAUUUCUAACAUUUCUUGUUUGGGAUUCACAAUGGAUAGAAAUGGUGAUCUUUAUGUUUCUGCUUCGGGGAGCAAUGAAGUGAGAAGAUGGAAAAUAGGAGAAAAAGAAGGAACAAUUGUUGCAGGUGGAAAUGGACAAGGAUACCAACUUAAUCAACUCAAUUUUCCUACUUUUAUCUUUGUCGAUGAAAAUUAUUCACUUUAUGUGUCGGAAUUGUACAAUCAUCGUGUGACAAAAUGGUUGAAAGAUGCAAAAGAAGGAAUUAUUGUUGCGAGUGAACGAUGUGGUGAAAAUAGUUCGACACAAUUACAUUAUCCGCAAGGAGUAUUUGCUAAUCAUUUAGGUGAUGUUUAUGGAGCUGACACUGGAUAUCAUCGAAUAAUGUGUUGGUCAUCAGGCUCAGAAGAAGGUCAUAUUGUUGUUGGUGGAAAUGGAAAAGGAUAUCAAUCAAAUCAGUUUAAUUAUCCGAGAGGUAUAGCAUUCGAUCGUCAAAAUAAUCUUUAUGUUGCCGAUUUUUUCAAUAGUCGAAUCCAAAGAUUUGAUAUUGAUAAAAGUUAA